ACGACAACCACACAACAAUGCUCAAGUCCACGUACAAACCGGCCCCCGAGGCCUCGCUCCCCCCCGGCUGGGCCGAGCACCAAGCCCCGACCGGACACACGUACUACUACAAUGCCGCGACGGGCGAGUCCACGUACAAGCGCCCGACCGCCGGGCCCGCCGCGCUCCCGCCGGUGCGUCUGUCAGAUCCACGCGUCGCCAAUGCCUUUAUAGCGCAGAUGAGGGAGGGAGGAAGCAGCAGCGUGGCAGGCCGAGGACGCGGAGGUGGCGUGAGAGGUCGAGGGGGACGCGGCGGUGGCGGCGGCGGCGGCGGUGGCGGCGGCGGCGGCGGCCGACCGGUACCACAGCCCACCGAUAAACCCAAAUCCAAGGUCACCAUCCCAGGCUGCGAGCCGUGGCUGCUAGUCUACACAAAGUACGGACGGCGGUUCGCAUACAACCCGGAGAAGAAGACGAGCUACUGGCGGAUACCGGAGCGGCUGAAGGGUGGGAUUCUGGAGCUGGACAAGGCGCGGAUUCUGGGGAAGGCGGGGGGAGAUAAGGUCAAGGUCGAGUCAAUGGCAGAGGACGAGCAAGAGAUCAAGCAAGACGAGUCAACGACACAAGACGAGCAAGACGAGCCCGACGGCAGCGACGACAGCGAGUACGAGGACAUCGAGGUCACAGACGACGAGGCAGACGAAAGCCCCGCGAAACGGCAAAAAACAGAAGACCGCGAGUUUGGCGAGGACGACAUUGCGUUCCAACUGGAGGCCAUGGGCGAGUACGAGUGGCCCGAGGAAGAGGCCGAGGAAGAGGCCGGGGACGAGGCCGGGGACGAGGAGGCACCCGACGCCCGCGCCAUGUUCAAGUCCCUCCUCGACGACUCCAUCAGCCCCUUUAGCCCGUGGGACAAGCUCGUCGAAGAAGGCAAGGUCAUGGACGACCCGCGCUACACGGCCCUGACCACGAUGCGGGAGCGCAAGGAGGUCUGGGAGGAGUGGUCGCGCGAGCGCAUCCAGGCGCACAAGGAGCGGGCGCAGGAGCGGGCGCGCGAGAAGCCGGACCCGCGCGUGGCCUUCAUGGCGCUGCUGCACGAAAAAGCCAACCCAAAGCUGUACUGGCCCGAGUUCCGACGCAAACACCGCAAGGAGGCGGCCAUGCGCGACGCGGUGCUGUCGGACAAGGACCGGGAAAAGUGGUACCGCGAGCACGUGGCGCGGCUCAAGCUGCCCGAGGCGACGCGCAAGGCGGACCUGACGGCGCUGCUCAAAGGGGUGAGCCGGGAGGGGGUACCACCCGAGGUGGCCGGAGACGUGCGUUUUAUUUCGUUGCCGGCGGAGAUACGGGACGCGCUGGUGGAGGCGUACAUGGCGAGUCUGCCGGUGGAGUAGUGCUGUAGCCAUCGUCACGAAACGCGGGAGGGGAGGCGCAUAAUUCAUCUAGCUGUAGUCUUUGGCGAUGCUGUAAUCCCGCCAAUCGACGUGCGCUUCAGUCCAUGGUCUGUAGUCUAUCUUGGCGUCAUGUCUUGACUUCUCGCCACCAUCAUGUAGUCCAGGUCCAUCCGUCCAUGCAGU